AACAAAGCAGCUUUAAACUAUCUCAUACUCUAUACCUAACGCUCUGCUUUCUUUUACUGAUUCAAUCUUGUUAAGAAUUAUUGAUUUAUACAUUUUCUUGGGGUAUUAAAAAAAAAUACGCGAAAACUAACUGUUGUGUGUCUGAAUUGAUCUAUCCAUUCUUCCAAAAAAAGUAGAAAUACUGUAUUAUAAGAUCAUCCCUUCCAUCCAAAUGAACUCUUCACACGCUCACAUAGUUUUUCUUGUUUACGUGUGCAUAACCGCCUUCAAAUGCCCCAAAUCUAUUGAAGAUCCACUCUCUUUUCUCUUGAAUCUAUUACCAUCAACAUUCCAUACUAAGAAAGUGAGAAAAUCAAUUAAUGCCUGGCUCAUAUGCUGGCCUUCUAUAUAUGUGCAAUUCUGCUUGGAGAUGGAUUAUCUAGCUUCACUCCCAAAUCCCUAAAUCCUCUGACCAUCAUCUUCUUUCAAUACAACAACGAAUUUUUGAUAGUUAAUUAUUAUCACUUAUACAUACACUUUAACAUUUUCCCUUUUAUCCCAAAAGGGUUUUUCUUUCCUUUUUUUUUCCAUAGCGAUCUGACCAGGGCAAAACAGCAUAUAAAUGCUAUGUGCUCAUUGGUCAUUUUUUAAUUUUUAAAUAAAAUUCUU